AUCGGUAAACCGGAAAUAAACAGAAACAUGUCUCGAGGAAACUCAGAAUAUGACCUACGAGAUGAAAACCAAGUGAAAGAGUACUUAAAGAAUGUCUUGGUUGAAUAUCAGUUUAGUUGUUUUAAAGAGAAAGACCCUACAGGAUGUCACAGAUUAGGAUACUUCCAUGGUUAUGUCGACAAGGAUAAACCUGACUCUAUCGAUAAUGCAAAACGAGUAUUCAAAAUGAACUGUGAGGAAAACAAGUUCGGACAAAGCUGUGAUUCCUUGGCUGCUAUUUACCUUAAUGAAAAAAAGUAUGUAUUUCAAAAAGAAGCACGAGAUGACAUCCUCAAAUAUUUUCAAAAUGCCUGUGAGUAUGGAUAUUACACAGCUUGUAAAAACGUAGGAGUUUUGAUGCUGGAAAAGCAUGUUCUAUGGGAAGACUAUCAUGACACCAAAAAAGGAAGAGAAUAUCUUGAUCUGGCGUGUGAAAAGAAAAACGUAGGCGCUUGUUACAUUCUUCAAAGACUUUUAAGCAAGAGAGCUCCGGAAAGGGCUUUAGGUUAUGCAGUGAGAGGCUGCGAGUUAGACGAUAUCAAAUCUUGUCAAACUGCUUACCAGAUGUACCUCAAAGGCAUUGGAAUAGAGAAAGACUCAGAAAAAGCUCAAUUUUACAAAGAAAGAAUGGAAUACAUUUUCAGAAACCAUAUUGCUACGAAGCCCGAUGAGUCUGUAAGAGUGACUAUGUAAUAAAGAUUCAUGUAGCAUUUAUAUUAAAAUAGUGUUUGCUAUUUGAUGUUGUUAUUAAAUAUUAUGAAUAUAA